UGUAUGGAACUUGGUGUCACAGAGUGUGGUUGAGGCUGCCAUUUAGGUAUAUUUAAGGCAGAGGUUAAUAUAUUUGUGAUUUGAAGGUAGUUUCAAAUAUGGAGGAAUAUGUUGGAAUAUAACUCAGCCAUGGAUUGAAUUGUAGAGCAGAUGCGAUGGACUAAAUCAGUAAUUCUGUUCUUGUGGCUCAUGUCCCACCAUGAUUGAAUGACGACUCCUUCAUCACCCAUACCAGGUUUUGUAACGUGCGAGGGAUAUUUACAGAUUUUUUCAGUACGAUCAUUGUAUUUAUCUUAAAUGUUUAAAUUUCACUUUCUUUGGAACAUUGAACAAAAGUGUUCUCCUUUGUAUUGGUAACGCGGUUUAUUAUCUCUCUGGUUAAAGUUUGACCUGUGUUGAGAGGUUUAUUGGAAGAAGAGCCCACAACUGGAAGCGAACCACAACUGAAAAUGAAAGAACAGCAGCAGGUGAACCAGGGCUGAGAGCAUCAGCUGGAGAGAACGCCUCUGACUCAGGGUGUCCUUUGAUUUCGUCAGGAGAAAGACUGUUCAGGGGAUCACCAGCAGGUGGAGCUUUCCUGCACCAGGACCAUUGUGUAAACAAGAAGAGACUAUCAACAAUCACAAGUCAGAAACAGAAUGGACACAGAUCUGAAUUCCGCUAUCUCCAAGUUCUUCUCAAACUGUGAGGAUCACCAACUGUUCUGGUUGACGAUAUUCUACAUGGAGCGACUGCAGCAGGCUUUUGAAGAGGGUGUGGAGGAGCUCGGCCUCAUCUUAACAGGCAAGGAUCGCUGCACCGCACGACAGUAUCAUAGCGUGACUGAGCUCGUGGAGAAGGGAAACCGAGCGGGCGCUUCCAAGCUCCUCCUGGAUCUGGUGAUGGAGAAGGGCUCCGGGGCCCGGAGGGUGAUGUGGGACUCCUUUGUGAAACUGCACUACCAUUUACCGAAACUGAGCAGAAUACUGAAUGAAAUACGGGAACGUGGUGACGGCCAGUUCGACUACAUGGACGCUGAGCCGGGUUUUUCUGAAAUGCCAAGAGAUCUAAAAGACGUUCGACGGAAACACAUGGAGACUCUGCGGAAACAAACUGAAACAUUGAGAGCGAGCACGAUCCUGAUGAGGGAGAAGGUGAAGGUUUUCCAGCUGCUUGAUCGAUACGCUGAGCUCACGGUUAUUUCUACUGUUCAAGAUUGGGCACUUGUGGAACAUGAGCUGCUGGCAAGAGGCAGAGACCACGAGGAGUGGAGAGAGAAACAUAUCCAAGGAGAGGUGGACAAAAUCCGGACGGAUGAGUUUUUCCAGAUGUGCUUUGUUAAAAAACUGAGAAGAUCUUUCUUUGGAAUGAAAUCCGGGAAGUUCGCAGCAGUGGCCGGAGUCGCGGGGAUCGGGAAAACGACAAUGGUACAAAAGAUUGUUUACGACUGGGCCACGGGAAAAAUAUACCAACAGUUCCAGUUUGUCUUCAGUUUCAAAUUCAGAGAUUUAAACAACUUUAACUGCGGAAUAAACCUCAGGGAACUGAUACUGCAUCAGUAUCCUUACUUUGUGAAUUGCCUGAGAGAGGUCUGGAAACACCCAGAGGUGUUGCUGUUUAUAUUUGAUGGUCUGGAUGAAUUCGAGGACAGAUUCAAUUUUGCUGAGGGUCGGAGAUACACAGAAUCUCAGUACACAGAUCCUGAAUUCCGGUGCAAAGUGUCUGAUAUUGUGUACAGUUUAAUCCAGGGUCAGCUGCUCCCAGGGUGUUCAGUGCUGGUGACCACACGCCCUACUGCAUUACAUUUCUUGGAAAAGGCAGAGAUUUGUACCUGGACUGAAAUCCUGGGAUUUGUUGGUGAGGAAUGGAAGGAAUUUUUCAUCAGAUAUUUUGAAGACGAGACGGUGACGGCAGCUGUUUUCAAACACCUGGAGGAAAACGAGAUCCUGCACACCAUGAGCUACAACCCCUCCUACUGCCGAGUCCUCGCUAUGGCACUGGGCCCCUUCUUCACACAAAGAGUCAUGGACCCUCAGCGAGUUCCCAAGACCAUCACCCAAGUGUACUCCUACUACUUUUACAAAAUCCUGAAAAACCACGGCCAAGAGAUCGAGAACCCCCGUGAUGUGUUACUCAGGGUUGGUCAGAUGGCCUUCAGAGGAGUGUCCGAGAAGAAGAUUGUGUUUACUGAUGCUGAUUUGAUCAACUACAAUCUGCAGCCUUCCCAGUUCCUGUCAGGAUUCCUGAUGGAGCUUUUGGAGAGAGAGGAUUCUGCCCUUUGUGUGGUAUACAAAUUCCCACACCUCACCAUUCAAGAGUUUGUAGCUGCAGUCGCAAUAUUUAUGAAUCCACAUCCCGGGGAUAUCCUGAAAUCCCUCACUGAAGCCUGCAAUACAACAGAUGGGCGAUUUGAGUUAUUUCUCCGUUUUGUUGCUGGUCUCUCCUCGCCAAUAACAGCUCGGAGUCUGGAGGAGUUUCUGGGCCCAUUUCAUCAUGAAGCAACCUGCCGGGUGAUUGACUGGGUGAAGGAGGAGGUUAAACGCCUGAGUGGAAACACAAGGAGUGAAGCUGGCAAAAGGAGCCGCCUGAACGCAUUGCACUACCUGUUUGAGUCUCAGAAUCGAGGUCUGGCUCAGGCCACAAUGGGAUCUGUGGAAAAACUUUCAUUCCGUGGAAUGACACUGACCCCGAUUGACUGCACGAUCCUGUCUCAUGUCAUCGGGGUCUGUGAUACAAUAAAACAUCUCGACCUGGAGAGCUGCCACAUUCAGUGUGAUGGAAUGCAGCGACUUGGAGCCGGACUGUACAAGUGCCUGGAGUUGGGACUCGGGGGGAAUGUACUGGGAGAUUCAGGAGUGAAACUGUUGUCUGCGGCUCUGAGGAACCCGGAGUGUAAAAUACAGAAAAUGCGGCUGCAGAGUGUCGAUCUCACAUGUUCUGUUGCCGAGGAUCUCGCCUCCGCUCUCAGUACAAACUCAACACUGAAGGGGCUGGACCUGAGUGAAAAUGAACUGGGAGAUUCAGGAGUGAAAAUGGUAUCUGCGGCUCUGAGGAACCCGGAGUGUAAAAUACAGACACUACGGCUGUACCGUGUCGGUCUGACAGAUUCUAGUGCUAAGGAUCUCCUCUCCGCUCUCAGUAGAAACCCAUCACUGACGGUACUGAGCCUGAAUUCAAACUCGCUCACAGACCGAUCUGUCCCCGCUCUCCGCCGCCUUAUACCGACCCUUCCCAGUCUGCAAUGGAUCAGCCUGUGGAGCAAUAAUUUCAGUCAGGUCGGGAGGAAGGAACUGAAAUCCCUGCAGGGACCCAGAAGCGGACUGGCAGUGGCCGUGUGAACAUCUAAAUGUGUGGACAUCCCCGCCCGCGGAAUGGGGAAACUUCGGCCGUAUCUACGCCCUCCCCUUUAUCUCCCCCCCCCCAUUUAACAUCAGCCCUUACCUUUAAUAGCCGCUCGCCAGUUCUAAUUCCCAACCGUUCUAAUGGAACUGGCUCCAGUCUCGCGCUCUGUGAAUCGUAAGCAAUCUCGCAGUGACGUAUUUCCACCUGUUGUCUGGCGGCGCUGCUUCCUUCCGCGGGAUGUCCGGCUUCGAGACUGCCCCUGGUGAGACCGUGGGGAAUUACACAGACAGAACAGGCCGGGGCCGGGGCCAGUCUGGGACUGCAGUGUCCCUGAAUGGGAUUAUCCGGAGAGAAACAUUUUCUUCACUUUGCUGAGGACGGUGCAUUGGGCAGUCUGGCCGAUAUAAUGAUGUUAAUUUGACAGAUCCCUCGGCAGUGACCGUGGAUCGGCAGGGAUCCUGAAGUGUGAUGUUAUUAUCAACGGUUCCCCGAUGCAGAGUGGCGAUGAUAAAGCGGUACUGAUUAUUCAAGCUGUUACUCGUUGAGGCCGGUCAGUUAAUUGUGUGACUGUGUGAAUCGUGAGCAGCUUAUUUAUUCCCGCAAGUUAGCAGAUCACAUGUUCUUUAAUUUAUGUUUGUCAUGAUGAAAUCAA